GCGGAUAGUUACGCGCUUUGUGCCUGUUUUAGUCGUAUAAGACCUGCUAUUUCCUUACAGGGUGGCGAUUUGUGGCUCUCUACUUUGUUAACAUGUUGGCAAAGUUAAAAAUGUAAAGUUUGAUUGAGAUAAAGCGGGGUAACAAGAUAAUACGAAGAGUUUUUCACGUCGUAGGCAGAGUUCUCAAUUAAACGACAGUACCGCACAAAUAGGUGUGUUCUGGACGGUGAGCGGAGUCUCUCCCAGAAUUAGCAGGUUUCUGUUCAUUUAGGUAAAUUUCCGCCAUCGCACGUGAGGAUUGAAGCUCUGCUGGAUUAUGUGGCCUGAGGACGCAAGAAUGACCUGAAGAUGAAUGGCGUGCAAGAGAUGCCAAUUAACAGAAUAGAUAUGGUGUCAGCAUCCACAAUGCACUGAGAGCGGACAGUCAGAGCGAGCGAACAGAGGAAGUCCCACUGCGGUCCUGAAGCCUGUCUCACAGCACUGCACUCGUUAUCAUACUGAGAUGCUGAGAAGGAGUUGUGCGAAUAAUUACCUGUCUAAUGCUUGCAAUUAGAUGUCAUCAAUUAGUGCUACUCCUGACUUGAAAUUAUUGGGGUGGGAAGGAAAGGUACGAGGUAGAGGAACGGCAAGUGUGAUCUGGGAUGGGAGAGAACCAUGGGUGGGUUUGGAGUGGGGGGGGGGAGUACUUGGUCUUUCAUAUCUUGUAUGGGAUAGAAAUGUACAGAACUGCACUGUAACAUAAGGGUCAAAAGUGAUGAAGAGUGUUCUUACCAUUGUUUCAAAGCCAUUUGGAAAAUAGGUUCCAGGAUCUUGGGGUGUUGUUUGUUUCUAGAAUUUUGGAGAAGCAUAUUGAUUUGUAACUUCAGUGUGUUGCUUAAAUCUGAUCUGGGUGUGGAGGAAAUGUAACAUUAGUGAGAGAACCAUCCCCAUAACGGUUAAAGGAAAUGACCUCCCAAGGCUUUUGUGGAAAAUGUCAAACAGAAAGUUGAGUGACUUGGGUUUUUCUCCAGAACAAAGGGUCCGGCAAAAUGCCUGGAUGUCGUGGCGAUCAACGCCUGACAGCGGACACUGUCACUGCGGGGUGGGGCUGAGGCCGCUGGGUCUGGCGGGAAUCACGCCUGGCGUAUCAAGUUCAGCAGAGCUGCAGUCCUAAAUAAACAGCUAUUAGGGACGAGCAAACAGCGAGAGCCGGCUGGUCAGGCGGCCUCCGGAGAGGAAAUGGGACAAAGCGCUUAAGUGCAAAGAUUCCAUUCAUCCUAUUUCCGAGGUAUUUUGCAGAUACCUAGGAUGAACCUUCAGAAGACGCUCUGCUACUUCAGAUGUGCGUUUUUUUCUUCCUUUUACACAGACCCGUGGUUUUCAACUUGUGGUUGAAAACAUCUACAGGUGUCUGAUAAAGAGUUUAAUUUCAGUCAUGGAUUUUCUGUGUCUUAAUGUUCGUGUGCAUGCCAUGUGCUUGUUCUCAGCACCCCCCGGACCUGAUGGGAGCUGACAGACAGGCAGCCCCAUGGCUGUCUCUGUCUCCACGGCUCCACCUUAACUGCAGCCGUAGCAGUGUUUGUGUUGAAGCCAACAGGCACAAUAUAUUACAGUCUAGGGCUUGCUGCUGAAAAGCUUGCUGGAUCUUCUAGUGACCUGCUGUUCUUUCCUGCUUUCCUGCAUUUUUUUCCGUUUGGAUUCAAAUUAAAAACAGUUCUUGGCCUCUCUUUGCUUUUUUAUUUUAUUUUUUCUCCAGCAAACCCCGAAACCACCACCUCCCCCCCCAGGCUUCACGUCCCCCCCCCCUCCCUUAAUGAGGAGGAGCGGUAGAAACAGAGAGGAGUGGGACUGUUGGUAAAUUUUGGAUGGAGGGACGUGUUUAUGUUUGUGUCCUCUUGGUGGGGGUGGUGAAAGGCUAGGCGAGACGGGAGGGGGCACUUACUACUAAUUCUCAAGUGUACUUUGCUGCCAUGGAAAUGUAUGGGAACCCGGACUGACAGGCGGAAGACCGGGAACAAGAGUGUGACUUCGGUUUUCCGAAGACAGAAGGGAAGAGAGAGAGAGAGAGACAGAGAGGGAGAGAGAGAAAAAAAAGUGUAUUGAAGAGGAUCUGAUUUACGAUACCCUCGUUACACUUCUGUUCUGGAGUGACCCAGAAGAAUCGGAGCUCCAGGUCCGCAGCAGAGGAUUUCCCCGAGGGUGGAAGUAAGGGGUUUGCUGGGCGGGCUGGAACUGGUCCUUCAGUGGACCCUGGCAUCUCUUCUCCUUGGACCAUGUACCCACAGGGACGACACCCGGUCCCUCUGCAGCCUGGCCAGUCCUUCAAGUUUACUAUCUUGGAGACUCUGGACCGCAUCAAGGAGGAGUUCCAGUUUCUGCAGGCGCAGUACCACAGCCUGAAGCUGGAGUGCGAGAAGCUGGCGAGCGAGAAGACAGAAAUGCAGCGGCACUACAUCAUGUACUACGAGAUGUCCUACGGCCUGAAUAUCGAAAUGCACAAGCAGGCCGAGAUCGUGAAGCGCCUCAGCGCCAUCUGUGCCCAGAUCAUCCCCUUCCUGUCUCAGGAGCACCAGCAGCAGGUGGUACAGGCGGUGGAGAGGGCCAAGCAGGUCACUAUGGCAGAGCUCAACGCCAUCAUCGGGCAGCAGCAGCUCCAGCACCUCUCACACCACUCCCCUGGCAUUCCGCUCAUCCCCCACCCGUCGGGACUCUCCCUGGGGGGCGGCUCCGGGCUGCUGGCCCUCACCGGGGCCCUGUCCCUGCCGGCGCACCUGGCCAGCAAGGAGGAGCGAAACCUGCUGGACCUGGAGCACAUGAGAGAGGGAGUACCCAGUCGAAGUAAGUCCGUGUCCUCGACGGAUAGCCUGCCACAGGAGGAGCGCCAAGGCCCCUCGGGGGGGUACUCGUCUCAGGGCGGGGGCGAUGGAAAGAGGAGGCGCUGCGAGGAGAAGGACGCGAUUCCGACGCACUAUGACAGCGAUGGGGAGAAGAGUGAAGAAAAUUUGGUCGUGGACGUCUCCAACGAGGAGCCCAUCUCUCCAAGCGAAAGCCAAAUGAACUCCCCCCACGGGAAUGGGAUUGACCGAGCCCCCACCCUCAGGAAAGAGCUGCCCAGGUCGCCCAGCCCCUCCGAUGCCCCCUCCUCAUCCCCCGUUCCCAGCCCCACACCAAACAAGACCAAGGACCCCCCGCAGGCAGAGAAGGCGCAGUCGCCCUGUUCGAAAUCGAGCAGCCCCUCCCCUUCCCACCGCGACACCCUCACCCCGGCCCCCCCAGGUCCCAGCACAUCCUGCUUGCGCCUGGUCAGCAAGGCGGCCUCGUCUGCCGAUCCCCUCGCUCUACGCAGCUCCCUGUCUGCUACUCCCAGCUCAUACCUCGCCCACUUUGGGGUGGUGUCCCACACGGGGCUCAAUGGAGAGCUCACCAGUCCCGGGGGAUUUGGGGGAGCACUGACCUUGUCCCCACAGAUCAGCGUGGGCUCCAGUCCGUACACACGCAGUCCGAUGACAUACGAGUCACGCUCUCACCUCAGGCCCCCGGGGCUGUCCUCAUCACUGCCUGGAGCUGCUCUGGGCAAACCCGCCUACUCCUUCCAUGUGAGCGCAGAUGGGCAGAUGCAGCCGGUCCCCUUUCCCCCCGACGCCCUGCUGGGCCCGGGCAUCCCGCGCCACGCCCGACAGAUCCACACCCUGAACCACGGGGAGGUGGUGUGCGCCGUCACCAUCAGCACUUCCACGCGCAACGUCUACACCGGCGGCAAGGGCUGCGUGAAGGUGUGGGACAUCAGCCAGCCGGGCAGCAAGAGUGCCAUGGCCCAGCUGGAUUGCCUGAACAGAGAUAAUUACAUCCGGUCCUGUAAGCUGCUCCCCGACGGACGCACCCUCAUUGUCGGGGGGGAGGCCAGCACGCUGUCCAUCUGGGACCUGGCCACGCCCACCCCCCGCAUCAAGGCGGAGCUGACGUCGUCGGCCCCCGCCUGCUACGCCCUGGCCAUCAGCCCUGAUAACAAGGUCUGCUUCUCCUGCUGCAGCGACGGCAACAUCGUGGUCUGGGACCUGCACAAUCAGACCCUCGUCAGGCAGUUCCAGGGCCACACGGACGGGGCCAGCUGCAUCGACAUCUCUAACGACGGGACCAAGCUGUGGACGGGGGGGCUGGACAACACGGUGCGCUGCUGGGACCUGCGGGAGGGCCGGCAGCUGCAGCAGCACGACUUCACCUCCCAGAUCUUCUCCCUUGGAUACUGUCCCAUGGGCGAGUGGCUGGCCGUGGGCAUGGAGAGCAGUAACGUGGAGGUUCUGCACGUCUCCAAGCCCGACAAGUACCAGCUGCACCUGCACGAGAGCUGCGUGCUCUCACUCAAGUUCGCCUACUGCGGCAAGUGGUUUGUGAGUACCGGGAAGGACAAUCUGCUGAACGCCUGGAGGACUCCCUACGGAGCCAGCAUAUUCCAGUCCAAGGAGUCCUCAUCCGUCCUGAGCUGUGACGUCUCCCCGGAUGACAAAUUCAUUGUCACCGGCUCCGGGGACAAGAAGGCAACGGUGUACGAGGUCGUCUACUGACCGGACCCCGGCCUUCAUCACCUGGCGGCCGGGCAGGAGCAGAAAUGCAGUGGGUAAUUAGUCCAGUUUCCUGAUUAAGAGCUCAGUGGGAGCGAUCACCCCGAGGAGCGGCACAGCACUCAGAGGCCCGAGCGGAGGAACACCAAUACCAGACAAUCGAUUCAUUAGUCCGUCAGUCAUGCGGUAAUGAGGCAGUCUGCUGUCCCUAGAGCAGGCACAUUCACUUCUCACCCUUCAUCCUAUUAAGUAUUAAUAUCCCAUCUCCGUCUCCUUAAGACGCGCUUUAUUUCUGCCUUUCGGAGUCGCCGUUUAAUGGGUGGAAGUCCCAGCAGGUUAAGCAAAAUGACACGAGCCGCCAGUGUUCAGUUUAACUGCGGCACUAACACAUUUUUUUAUAGCUGCUGGAAGCUAUAAAUGAGUCACGGCCUGCAGACGUGCACGAUGUGAUUAACGUUCUUGUUUAUACUCCCUGUGCCCUGACAAACUCUAAAUUACACAAAAUGAUAUAAUUUCAUAUAUUUAGGAAUCCUGCAGUGUUUUUCAGGGAACUGGUAAUGGCGUUAAACUGUUUAUGGUGGUCAGCUAGUCUGUCAGGAACCUUGUAACAUUGUGGAACAGGCCAGUAGCCAAGGCUGAAACACGCAUCACUCGCCAUGUUUUGUCCCUGCUGUUUCCGUUGGCCUUCCCGCUAAUCUCUCACCGAUUCCCGAGCUUUGAUCACUGAAGUGUUGAGCAUCAUACUACUGAUCUAUGUGGCACAGUCAGUCUGUAAUAAAGCGGAAUGGGACUAUGGCCGGCACAUCAUUAUCUUGAACCCUUAAGCAGGUCUCUGUCAUAUGGCAAGAAAACCCACAGUCUUGUUUAUGCCAUGAGAAAAACUAUAUCCAUACCCUCUGCAUACGCAUUACAGGGGGUGGGGGCGCUUGUUGCUUGCUGGCAGCUUGGGGAGGGUGUUACCAGUGUGAUACCACUUUAAGAAGCCUGAACACUUAUUAAACGGACUAGCUGUCUAACUGCAUUGCACUGCAAUUCUUGGAGGUUGGGGGGAUGGUGGUAUACUGGUCAGCACUGGUGCCUCCCUAUCUUGGGACCAGGGUUCAAACCUCCACCAUGGCUCCAUGUGAAGUGAUUGUGCAUUUUUACUUGUUACACCCACUAGCUAUUAGCGUCCGUCCAGUCAACAUUCUUGCGAUCGGCAGAUCGCAGCUUCGAACCUCACUGAGGACAGUUUCUCUCUUUGCUGUCGCGUCGACCGUUAUAAAACAAGGUCUAUAAGGGACGGUGGGUCGGGGAUGGAUGGGUGGCACUACCCGCAGAGCGUCCGUCCAGUCAACAUUCUUGCGAUCGGCAGAUCGCAGCUUCGAACCUCACUGAGGACAGUUUCUCUCGUUUCUCUCGCCCGCCAGGGCUUUAUAAAACAAGGUCUAUAAGGGACGGUGGGUCGGGGAUGGAUGGGUGGCACUACCCGCAGAGCGUCCGUCCAGUCAACAUUCUUGCGAUCGGGAGAUCGCAGCUUCGAACCUCACUGCGGACAGUUUCUCUCUGCUGUCGCGACGCCCGCCAGGGCUUUAUAAAACAAGGUCUAUAAGGGACGGUGGGUCGGGGAUGGAUGGGUGGCACUACCCGCAGAGCGUCCGUCCAGUCAACAUUCUUGCGAUCGGCAGAUCGCAGCUUCGAACCUCACUGAGGACAGUUUCUCUCUUUGCUGUCGCGUCGACCGUUAUAAAACAAGGUCUAUAAGGGACGGUGGGUCGGGGAUGGAUGGGUGGCACUACCCGCAGAGCGUCCGUCCAGUCAACAUUCUUGCGAUCGGCAGAUCGCAGCUUCGAACCUCACUGAGGACAGUUUCUCUCGUUUCUCUCGCCCGCCAGGGCUUUAUAAAACAAGGUCUAUAAGGGACGGUGGGUCGGGGAUGGAUGGGUGGCACUACCCGCAGAGCGUCCGUCCAGUCAACAUUCUUGCGAUCGGCAGAUCGCAGCUUCGAACCUCACUGAGGACAGUUUCUCUCUUUGCUGUCGCGUCGACCGUUAUAAAACAAGGUCUAUAAGGGACGGUGGGUCGGGGAUGGAUGGGUGGCACUACCCGCAGAGCGUCCGUCCAGUCAACAUUCUUGCGAUCGGGAGAUCGCAGCUUCGAACCUCACUGCGGACAGUUUCUCUCUUUGCUGUCGCGUCGACCGUUAUAAAACAAGGUCUAUAAGGGACGGUGGGUCGGGGAUGGAUGGGUGGCACUACCCGCAGAGCGUCCGUCCAGUCAACAUUCUUGCGAUCGGCAGAUCGCAGCUUCGAACCUCACUGCGGACAGUUUCUCUCUUUGCUGUCGCGUCGACCGUUAUAAAACAAGGUCUAUAAGGGACGGUGGGUCGGGGAUGGAUGGGUGGCACUACCCGCAGAGCGUCCGUCCAGUCAACAUUCUUGCGAUCGGGAGAUCGCAGCUUCGAACCUCACUGCGGACAGUUUCUCUCUUUGCUGUCGCGUCGACCGUUAUAAAACAAGGUCUAUAAGGGACGGUGGGUCGGGGAUGGAUGGGUGGCACUACCCGCAGAGCGUCCGUCCAGUCAACAUUCUUGCGAUCGGCAGAUCGCAGCUUCGAACCUCACUGAGGACAGUUUCUCUCUUUGCUGUCGCGUCGACCGUUAUAAAACAAGGUCUAUAAGGGACGGUGGGUCGGGGAUGGAUGGGUGGCACUACCCGCAGAGCGUCCGUCCAGUCAACAUUCUUGCGAUCGGCAGAUCGCAGCUUCGAACCUCACUGCGGACAGUUUCUCUCUUUGCUGUCGCGUCGACCGUUAUAAAACAAGGUCUAUAAGGGACGGUGGGUCGGGGAUGGAUGGGUGGCACUACCCGCAGAGCGUCCGUCCAGUCAACAUUCUUGCGAUCGGCAGAUCGCAGCUUCGAACCUCACUGCGGACAGUUUCUCUCUUUGCUGUCGCGUCGACCGUUAUAAAACAAGGUCUAUAAGGGACGGUGGGUCGGGGAUGGAUGGGUGGCACUACCCGCAGAGCGUCCGUCCAGUCAACAUUCUUGCGAUCGGCAGAUCGCAGCUUCGAACCUCACUGAGGACAGUUUCUCUCUUUGCUGUCGCGUCGACCGUUAUAAAACAAGGUCUAUAAGGGACAGUGGGUCGGGGAUGGAUGGGUGGCACUACCCGCAGAGCGUCCAGCUCCUUCAUCAUUCUUGCGAUCGGCAGACCUCACUCAGGACAGUUUCUGUCUUUGCUUUAUAAUAUGGUCUGAUGGAUGCACAAACACUUCCCAUGGGUUCAAACCUCCACCAUGGCUCCAAGCUUCAUCCAGCUUUCCCCAUUCAUAAAAACACAUGCAAUUAAUUGGAGUUACCAAAUUGCUCAUAAGUGUGUGCACCGGGUAGCCACCCCAUCCUGCUUUGCUCCAUCUUGCUCCCAUAAGCUGCAGACUCACCACGACCAUAAGUAGGAUAAGCAGUCACAGAAAGAUGAGAUGGAUUCAGUUAGAUCUGCAUUCACCGUGCAGCACAUCUCAGUUCAGGGCAUCUUCUGAGCCACUGAGACAGAUGCCCCACACCGAAAGUCACCCCAAUAUCCUCAAGCUCCUCCGUGUUACACCCUCAAAGCCAAGGACCUUUCAGGUGUACUGUGUUAUCCUUCCUGUUGCAUUUUCCACGUGUUGUAAAAGAAAGUAAAAGCUUACAUUGACCUUUUUACAUGCUUACAUUCCCCCCUGCUUGAAUGUAUAACUUGAAUAUACAGUAUAAGUAUUAAUUUUCCAUGUGAUUAAUCAUUUAGCUUAAGUGUUAACUGUAAAUUUGUCAAAUUAAACAGGUUUAAGUAACAUUUGCUAUGUAAUUUGUUAUCCCAAUCCUAGUUUCAUUAGUAUUGGUUGUGUGUAAAGCUUUGAAUCUACUUCUACAAAAAUGAAAUGUAAAUAAAAAUUCUCAUUUAA